CUCUUCCUCUUCUGUCUGUGUGUCGUCCCAUGGAGGUGGAACAGAGCUGUUGAGUCACUGGCUGAGCCGCACGUUUGAGAUUCCACUUUGCAUGCCAGGGUCAGAGGUGAGAUUUCCUCUGUUAGUUCUGCCGUGUCGAGCGAACUCUCUCAUCCUUCCUUCGUCUGUGUGGUGCCUCGGUGUCGCUUUCUCUUAGCCAUGGGCCUGAGUUCAAGACUAGCAAAGCUUCUGUUUUUCCUCGAGCUGUGUGAAAUCUGCAGAGGAUUUGAAGAGGGGAACUGUACUGACUACAAGCUCCAGUUUGAGAGGGUUUUCUCUGUUCCUGGAGAUGUGGCGAUGCUGAACAGCACACUGGUCUCUCCAGACGUCUUUGACUUCAAAACUGUCCCGUACACAAUCACGUGGUACAACUCAAUGUCGGGCCAAGAAAUCACCAAUCAAACUGGUCAUAUCCUGGUGAACCAGGAGACCCUGUGGAUUCUGAAUGCAACACUGAGUGACAGCGGGGAUUAUGUGACCAUACUGAGGACUCCUUCUCACUGCUAUAGGCAGGCCACCAAGCUGGUAGUAGAGGAAAGACUUCCAGGAAGGCCGAAGAAAACUUUACAAGUACUUACAAAAGGAGUGACCGACAACCUGAGCUGCCCUCUGGGGGACCAUAUCAAUAAGCUGAGAAGCUACAACAUCACUUCCUCCAUCAAGUGGUACAAAGUGAGUUGUUGGGAAUUCUUGGCAUGAAACCUAAUGGGUUUAAUGGAGAGGCUGCAAAGUAGCAGCAACCUCAACUAUUUACUGCCUCUAUUUCAACUUGUAUCAGUACAAGGAGUGCACUGAAACUCUGGGCUGAUACCAGUGUUUACAAAUUA